AUGCGGCUGAGCGCGACCAUCCCCACCAUCGAGCAGCUGGCAACCUCUGCGGCCACCUUCCUCACGGCCAUGGGCUACGACAAGGUACACCUGAUGGGCCACUCUUACGGCUCCAUGGUGGCCUCGCGCUUUGUGCAGCUGCACCCCAAGGCAGUCACCACCCUGACACUCCUGGACCCUGUGUGCUUUGGCAUGUUCAUGCCGACACUGCUCUACACGUUCCUGUACUCCUUCCCUGCCAGCGGCAACAUCAUCAUCGACGCCGGCAUGUACUUUGUGUCGCGCGAGCUCCACAUGACAGCCACCUUCUGCAGGCAGUUCUACUGGAGCGACUACAACCUGUGGCCCGAGUACCUGCCCCGCCACACCCUGGCCGUGCUGGGCGGGAAGGACCGCCUGUGCCAAGCCGAGGAGAUCCGCGUCUGGCUCGUCAAGGAGACGAACGCGCGGCUGAUGUACGACCCCGAGGCCGUCCACGCGGCCAUGCUCAUGCAGCCGGGCUACAUCGGGCAGAUCCUUCGCGAGUGGUGGAUUAUGGUAGGGGAGGCCGAGGCCGAGGUUGAGGCUGAGGCGGAGGCCGACGGCGCAGCGGCGGGCACGGCGAUUGCGGAGAUCUAUGCGCCCACAGCAGCCGCAGCGGAGCCCCCACUUAUCAAAGCGAUCGCCGCCAAGGAGGCGGCCGUCGCCGAGGCCGUCGCUGCCGAUGGCGCCGCGCGGCACGACCAGCAGCAGCAGCACCAGCAGCACCAGCACCGGCCGCCGCAGCACCCCCGCGAGCGCGCGCGGCGGCGGCCCAACCCCUUCUUCAGCACCGCGCACGCGCACGCGGCCGCGGGCAGCGGCGUCUCCGCCGCCAAGAGCGCGGCUGGACAUGGCGCAUUCGUGCCGCCCCAGGCAUCUGAGCCCGAGGUGGAGGGCCUGAUGCGGCAGCUGCGCCAGCAGCAGGAGCGCGUGCGCGCGCAGGAGGAGGCAAACCUGGCGGCCGCCCGGCAGCUGCUCGCCAUCGCCGAGGCGGUCCGCCGCAGCCAGACCGCGCCGGCCGGCGGCGCCGCGGGCGCGGCGCCGCGCGACGCAGACGGUGGCGCCAGCAGCGACGCCAGCAGCAACCUCGACAGCGCGUCCUCAAUCGACUCUGACACCAUCGCCGCGGUGUUCGCACCCGGCGCGGCGGUCAGCGGCGGCCUCGCGCGGCAGUACAGCGGCACCGCGCUCGCGCGCGAGGGCGGCAGCGACAUCGCCGUCCUCGACGGCGGCCGGCUGUACUCGCCGCUCCUCGCGUACGCGAGCGCCGCCAUGGCAGCGGACGACGCCGCCGGCCCGCGGCGCGGCACCCGGCGCGCGGCCGCGGCGCGCCACGCGCUGCGGGAGAGCCCGAGCGGGCUCGGCGGCGGCGGUGCGGCGUUUGGUGCGGGCAAGCCUGGGCUGUGGGACAGCGCGAGCAUCGACCUGGGGGCCCUCGCCUAUGGUGGCGGCGCGUUUGCGCGCCUGGCCGCCGGCGCAGGGGACGACGCGUGGUGA